GCCCACAGAGGGGGGGAGGAAGGGAGAGUGAAGCUGUAAUAAAACAGGCUGAUGUCAUCUUUGUGAAGGAGCCAAUCACAGAGCAGCAAAGGGAGGGACUGAGGAGUCGGAGGCAGAUCUUCCAAGGGUGUGUUUGAUGUAGCACUGCAGAUUCUGUACAAAAACACAGUGAAAGGAGCAGAGUCGGCUGAAAGCACUGGGAAGAUGCUGAAGAAAACAGAGAUGGAGACGGGCCUGUGAGGAGGACAGAAACAAGACCGAGAACAGGAUAAAGAACACCUGCAGAGUUGGCUGUUGAAGGAGGGACUGUGGACCUGGGCUCCUGGGCAGGAAGCGUCCGUCUCCGGGAGCAAACCACCAGAUUAAAGUGCACCAACAUUUAUUUGUCUCCAGUCUCCAGGGGCUGCCUCUGAAGUGUGUGUGUGGUUUGUGCGUAAGCUGAGAGAGCGUGUGUUUUCAUAUGUUGAUGAGUGUGUGGGUGUUCUGUGUGCUUUUUGAUGGGACGUUAAGAGAUGUGCAUGUCACAGCAUCUGUGGAUGGGCUGUAGGGGGCCGUCCUCCCCUGCUCCCCCCCUCAUCCUGCUGCUCCUUCCCUUGUUUCUGCUCUUCAUGAUGCCUCAUUUAGCUCAGGGAGCUAUCACCAUCCCCCCACACUAUAAAUUACCGAACAUAUCCAGUCCACCCAGUCUGACCCAGGUGCCCACUUCAUUCACAGCCUUCUCUCAUGAGGACCUCACACUGCCCUGUGAGGCCACUGGGAACCCCACACCCAUCUUCCGUUGGGAGAAGGAUGGGGAGGAUUUUGGGCUUAAGACAACAGGAUCUGGGACAUUAAAAGCCCAAAAAGAAGAGCCCCUGGAAUCCUAUGCCGGGCACUACCGCUGCUAUGCCUCCAACACUCUGGGCACCGCCAUGACACAAACUGUAAAAGUCAUAGUUGAACCUCAGCCCUAUCUGGUAAAACAGAACAAACUCCAUCAGACAGCAUAUGAGGGAGAGAGCAUCAUCCUGACCUGCAAUCCACCACAGAGUUCGACUCCUCUAAAAAUCUACUGGAUGAACAUGAGUAUGGUGCACAUUGAGCAGAGCGACAGAGUAAUGAUUGGCCUGGAUGGAAACUUGUACUUUUCAAAUCUUCUAAAGGCAGACAGCAAAAAUGAAUAUGUUUGCACUGCUCAUUACACAGCAGCAAGGACCAUCCUUCCUGAUACUGUUGUACGGCUUACCGUCCUACCUACUAAUGAUAUCCAUCAUGCUAGAAGGCCACACCUUCUUCGUCCCACUGGCUCUCACACGUUGGUGCAGACUCUAAGAGGUCAAAGUGUCACCCUUGAAUGUAUCCCAAAAGGCCUGCCUACUCCCAGGGUGGAAUGGCAGAAGAUUAAUGGUCACCACAGUAAUUUGGCAGCCAAGCUACAGAAUUACAAUCGUUGGCUUCAUUUUGACCACAUCACUGAAGAUGAUGAUGGAGAAUACAGAUGUAGAGCCAUCAACAGCUACGGAAACGUGACACACUCCUUCACUGUUACUGUUCAAGCGGCGCCCUACUGGUCGAAGGAGUCCCAGGACCUGAUGUAUACUCCCGGGGAAACUGUUCGACUGGACUGUCAGGCUAAGGGAAGUCCAGAGCCCAUCAUCACAUGGAGCAUCAAUGGACAAACUCUAGCAAGGUUAGAGAGGAUGUGGUUUCUUUGAUAUCAGAUCCACGUGUUUCUUUGUUGACCAAUGGGACAAUUGAACUGGUGAAUGCUACCCAAGAAGACAGCGGAGUGUACACUUGCUCUGUCAAACACACGGACAUCUUCAUCACUGCAAACUUGGAAGUCUUCAAUCGAACUGUGAUACUCAUGGGCCCCCAGGAUGUUCACGUCCUCAGAGGAGGUUCUGCUUUCCUGCACUGUCUUUUCUACAAAGAUCCACGACUUCAAGAUUACAAGGUUGCAUGGAAGAAGGAUGGACACACGCUACUAGAAUCAUCACGAGAUGACAAAGUUCCAUGUGGAGGUCCACGAGGAGCCACUGACAGGCAAGAGAAAAGAAAAGUGGCAGAGGAAGAAGGUAGUUCCAGGGGAUUUCAACCACCUACAGCUAAUCCUCCAGCCCUUCUGCACCUACCGUUUCCGAGUGGUCGCUGUUAACGACAUUGGAAGGAGUGACCCCAGCGAACCUACAAAGGACCACAGCACACAACAAGAUG